CGCCGCAGCCGGGCGAGCUCGGGCCCUGCGAGGCGAGCAGGAUGGCGUUCAGCAAGGGGUUCCGCGUUCACCACAAGCUGGACCCGCCGCCCUUCAGCCUCAUCGUGGAGACGCGGCACAAGGAGGAAUGUCUCAUGUUCGAGUCCGGGGCCGUGGCCGUGCUCUCAUCUGCAGAAAAAGAGGCAAUCAAGGGUACAUACUCCAAAGUACUGGAUGCAUAUGGACUCUUAGGUGUUUUACGAUUAAAUCUUGGUGAUACUAUGUUACAUUAUCUGGUCUUAGUCACUGGAUGUAUGUCUGUUGGAAAAAUUCAAGAAUCCGAGGUUUUCCGAGUUACUUCCACUGAAUUUAUAUCACUACGAGUUGAUUCUUCAGAUGAGGAUCGGAUUUCUGAAGUGCGGAAAGUUCUGAAUUCAGGAAACUUUUAUUUUGCAUGGUCUGCAUCUGGAAUCAGUUUAGAUCUGAGUCUUAAUGCCCAUCGGAGCAUGCAGGAACACACAACUGACAAUAGAUUUUUCUGGAAUCAAUCUCUGCACUUGCAUCUUAAGCACUAUGGUGUGAAUUGUGAUGACUGGUUGUUACGCCUCAUGUGUGGAGGAGUGGAAAUCAGAACAAUCUAUGCUGCUCAUAAACAGGCAAAGGCUUGCCUCAUUUCCAGACUAAGCUGUGAACGAGCUGGGACCCGGUUUAAUGUCCGAGGAACAAAUGAUGAUGGUCACGUUGCUAAUUUUGUAGAAACAGAACAGGUUGUGUACUUAGAUGAUGCGGUUUCUUCCUUCAUACAAAUCCGGGGAUCUGUUCCGCUGUUCUGGGAGCAACCAGGGUUGCAGGUGGGAUCUCAUCGUGUCCGUAUGUCAAGGGGAUUUGAAGCCAAUGCACCUGCUUUUGAUAGGCAUUUUAGAACUCUUAAGAAUUUAUAUGGCAAACAAAUAGUAGUAAAUUUGCUUGGAUCUAAGGAAGGUGAACAUAUGCUAAGUAAAGCUUUCCAGAGUCAUUUGAAAGCUUCUGAACAUGCCACUGAUAUCCAGAUGGUGAAUUUUGACUAUCAUCAAAUGGUUAAAGGAGGGAAGGCAGAAAAAUUACAUAGCAUUCUUAAGCCACAAGUCCAGAAGUUUCUAGAUUAUGGAUUUUUUUAUUUCAAUGGAAGUGAAGUUCAAAGAUGCCAGAGUGGUACAGUUAGAACAAACUGCUUGGAUUGUCUUGACAGAACAAAUAGUGUGCAGGCUUUCUUUGGCUUAGAGAUGCUAGCUAAACAGUUGGAAGCUCUGGGCUUAGCUGAAAAACCUCAGUUGGUGACCCGUUUUCAAGAAGUGUUUCGGUCAAUGUGGUCUGUGAAUGGUGACUCGAUCAGUAAGAUAUAUGCAGGCACUGGUGCCCUGGAAGGAAAAGCAAAGGCUGGAAAGUUGAAAGAUGGUGCACGUUCUGUUACCAGAACAAUUCAGAAUAACUUCUUUGACAGCUCCAAGCAAGAGGCCAUUGAUGUUCUGCUCCUGGGAAACACUCUAAACAGUGACUUAGCUGACAAAGCUCGGGCACUUUUAACUACUGGAAGUUUGCGUGCAUCUUCUAAAGUUCUAAAGAACAUGUGUGAGAAUUUCUACAAGUAUUCGAAGCCCAAGAAAAUCCGAGUGUGUGUCGGAACAUGGAAUGUGAACGGAGGGAAGCAGUUCCGCAGCAUAGCUUUUAGGAAUCAGACUCUCACUGACUGGCUUCUUGAUGCACCCAAGUUAGCUGGCAUCCAGGAGUUUCAAGAUAAAAGAAGUAAGCCAACUGAUAUAUUUGCAAUUGGUUUUGAAGAAAUGGUGGAGUUGAAUGCUGGAAAUAUUGUGAAUGCAAGCACAACAAAUCAGAAGCUCUGGGCUGUGGAACUUCAGAAGACCAUCUCCAGAGACAACAAAUACGUGCUGCUGGCCUCUGAGCAGUUGGUGGGCGUCUGUCUGUUUGUCUUUAUCAGACCGCAGCACGCUCCUUUUAUCAGGGAUGUUGCAGUUGAUACAGUGAAGACUGGGAUGGGAGGGGCAACUGGAAACAAGGGAGCAGUUGCGAUCCGGAUGCUGUUCCAUACCACAAGCCUUUGCUUCGUCUGCAGCCACUUUGCUGCAGGGCAAUCACAAGUCAAAGAGAGAAAUGAAGAUUUUGUAGAAAUAGCACGGAAGUUGAGUUUUCCUAUGGGAAGGAUGCUAUUUUCCCAUGACUAUGUAUUUUGGUGUGGCGAUUUCAACUAUCGAAUUGAUCUUCCUAAUGAAGAAGUUAAAGAACUGAUAAGACAGCAAAAUUGGGAUUCUCUUAUAGCAGGAGAUCAACUUAUCAAUCAGAAAAAUACUGGACAGAUUUUUAGAGGAUUUUUAGAGGGAAAAGUAACCUUUGCACCGACGUACAAGUAUGAUUUAUUUUCUGAUGACUAUGACACCAGUGAAAAGUGCCGCACCCCUGCCUGGACAGACCGUGUGCUGUGGAGAAGGAGGAAGUGGCCUUUUGAUAGAUCAGCUGAAGAUUUAGAUCUUCUAAAUGCUAGUUUCCAAGAUGGAAGCAAAAUCCUCUACACGUGGACUCCUGGCACUUUGCUGCACUAUGGGAGAGCUGAGCUUAAGACUUCAGACCACAGGCCUGUCAUUGCCCUGAUUGAUAUAGAUAUAUUUGAAGUUGAAGCUGAAGAGAGGCAAAAUAUUUAUAAAGAAGUAAUUGCCGUUCAGGGACCACCAGACGGUACCGUGUUAGUCUCAAUCAAAAGUGCUUCACCAGAACAUAACUUUUUUGAUGAUGCUUUGAUUGAUGAGCUUUUGCAGCAGUUUACAAAUUUUGGUGAAGUUAUACUCAUAAGAUUUGUAGAAGAUAAAAUGUGGGUUACAUUUUUGGAGGGGAGCUCUGCCUUGAGCGUUCUAAGCCUAAAUGGUAAAGAGUUAUUGGGUCGAACCAUAACUAUUACUUUAAAAAGUCCAGACUGGAUCAAAAAUUUGGAAGAAGAAAUGAGCUUGGAGAAAAUCGGCGCUCCACUGCCGUCCUCCACGAGCUCCACCCUCCUCGGUGAAGAUGCGGAGGUCACAGCUGACUUUGACAUGGAAGGUGAUGUUGAUGACUACAGUGCUGAAGUUGAGGAAAUUCUUCCUCAGCAUCUCCAGCCAUCCUCAGGUUCUGGCCUUGGCACUUCCCCGAGCUCUUCACCCCGGACCAGUCCCUGCCAGUCACCUACAAUAUCAGAGGGUCCUGUACCUUCCCUUCCCGUAAGACCAAGCCGAGCGCCAUCAAGAACUCCCGGGCCCCCAGCUUCACAAAGUUCUCCUGUUGAUGCCCUGCCAGCAGCACAACUGCAGCAGAAAGAUUCCUCCCAGGCCUUAGAACCCAAGCGCCCCCCUCCUCCCCGCCCAGGUGCUCCACCUGCACGUCCUGCUCCCCCACAGAGACCACCUCCACCUUCAGGGGCUAGGAGUCCUGCACCUGCUAGAAAAGAGUUUGGAGGUCUUGGAGCCCCUCCCAGUCCUGGGGUAGCUAGGCGAGAGAUGGAAGCCCCCAAAAGUCCUGGAACGACCCGGAAAGAUAAUAUAGGACGCAGUCAGCCUUCACCCCAAGCAGGACUUGCAGGCCCAGGACCUGCUGGAUACAGUGCGGCCAGACCGACCAUUCCGCCCCGUGCUGGUGUGAUCAGCGCCCCACAAAGCCAGGCUCGGGCCUCUGCUGGAAGACUGACUCCCGAAAGCCAAAGCAGACCGUCGGAAGUACCGAAAGGUUCGGCUUUUCUUCCGGAACCACUGAAGCCUCAAGCUGCCCCUCCUGUGCAGCCUUCUCUGCCCUCACCCGUUCAGAAGAUGCAGGAACCUCUGGUCCCAACGGCAGCACCUCUGCCUCAGUCUGGCCCCCAACCAAUUCUGGAAACCCCCCCUCAGCCACCACCUCGCAGCAGAUCUUCCCACAACUUGCCUUCAGAACCUUCAUCACAACCACAAAUAAAAACAAAUGGAAUCUCCGCUGUCAGAUUGGAAUCACCACUAAAGAGUGACCCAUUUGAAGACCUGUCAUUUAAUCUGCUUGCUGUAUCAAAGGCUCAGUUAUCUGUUCCAGUGCCCCCUGUGCUGACCCCAAGCCCACAGGGACCGGUCCAUUUGCCUUUCGCAACACAAAGCAACAUUAAUACUUUGAGUUCUGUGAGUUGCAUGUCAGCACUGCCUCCCAUUCCAGCCCGGAGUAAAUCCCAGGAAAGUAUUCGAGGUUCUCCAAACCCAUUUCUUACUGGUGCCACCAGCACCAAUCCCUUUACGGACAGGACCGCCACUCCUGGAAACCCAUUUCGAGCCCAGCCUCAAGAAUCAGCUGCAGCUUCAUGUUUCUCGAAGGAAGAUGCUAACAGUCCUUUCUCUUCUCUGAAGCCUUUUGGUCAUAACGAAAGCAAGUCUUCAUCUUCCCUUGCUGGCUGUAAGGACAGUGUGGAACUACAGAACCAGUCUACAGUAAAAACUAGCAACCCAAAAGGAUGGGUGACCUUCGAGGAAGAAGAGGACUUUGGUAUGAAAGGGAAGUCGAAGUCAGCUUGUCCAGACUUACUGGGUAAUCAGUCAGGUUCGUUUGCUGGCUCUAGCGUGACCUUUGAUGAUGACUGGAAUAAAGGUACAGAUGUUUCUUUCUGUGUGUUACCGUCAAGAAGGGCACCGCCACCACCUGUUCCUUUGCUCCCCCCUGGUACCUCCCUGCCAGUCGAUCCAUUCACAACCGCAGCAUCGAAGGUAUCAUCCACACUAGACUUUACAGAAAGAUAACGUUCUGCAAUAGAAACAGGCAUUUUUCUGUUUGGGCAGGGUGGAGCCAUGACAGCUGGGCAUUAGUUAUUCCUUUUGUGCAAUAAGUAAUUGUUGAGUGCACUGAUGUCCUCACGAAAUACCACUAUUUAAUGUGUACAGAGUUGGAAUAUGUGUAUAUUGGAAAUAAGGAAAAAUCUUCCUCAUGAUUAACUGGAGUUCUUGGUGUGUCUCUGUUUGGAUAAAUACAGGAGAGUAGUAGCCAUAAAAAGUGCUCAAAACUGCUUUAGAAAAUAGUCCUCGUUCAGAAAUUCUUGGUCUUCUCUGAAGAAUCUCAAAAAGCCCAAACAACUUCUCGUUGUCACUACUGCCAGCCCUUUUAUACUUGUUAACAAUUGGUACUUAUAAGUAUUUACCAAAGAACUAUCAAAGUUAUACCGAAACAGAUUUUUGAAAGGCACUGCUUUAAAAAACAAAAGUGUGUACACACACACAAACAUAUGUACUUGCACAUUGGUGAAACUCAUAAUUUUAAGUCUAGAUGAAACUCAGAUCAAAUUUUUUCCUACAAGUUCUAACAAAGUUCUUUUUCCAGUAUUUCGAAAGGAUGGCUGUAAAUGUAGUGUGAACAUUUCAUUAAUUUUUCUGCUCAAAACUUGAAUAAUUGUUGACACAACCACACCCAUCCCUUCAAACGCACACGUUACGCACAUCCUGUCUCUGCCCCCGCAGCUCCGUGUGCUCUUCUUAGCAAGGGGUUUGUGCAGCUGGAAGCAGCGUAUCUGUGAUCACUGUCAGGUAGGCGGACGCUGCAGGCCUUUCAUAACAGCACUCGUAUACCAGGAAGGCGCCAGCCAGAGUUCAGUGAGAAAUACUAGAGCUAAACGUGACCUCUUCUCUCCGUACCUUAGAUACGUGUUGCCCUUUUUCCCUUCCACUUUGCUUCUUGCUUGCUUUCGCUCUGAAAUGUCACUGGCUGGGAAAGCAGCACCCUAGGAGUGCUUUGAAUGGGGGGGUCUACUGUAUGUGUGCCCUCCCCUCCCCUGGCUACAUAGCGCAGCCACCACGCUACUUUCAUCUUUAGAGGCUACACCUCAGAUUAGCUGUGGAUUUUAUCUCCUGCACUGCCAAUAUGCAACUGUUCCUGCUUUCAUUAAUUUUAUGAAGUACACAGAAUUUCUACAGAACGUAGUAUUUUGAUAUCAUUAAGUAAUCACAAUCAGAAAACUCCCUGAGCAAUAGUUGUGUUGUUGCCAGUUUAAGUUAAAACCAUCCUUCCCCAUUAAGACGUAUAAUAACAUUCCUUUUAUAUAAAGAGUUGUAAAAGUCCACCUAAAUUCCUGUGUCCACACUUACCCUUUAGAGAUGUGCAUUGGGGGAGGAAGUAUCAGAAAAUGGAAUUCACAGCUAAGGAUAUAUAAAUGUACAAGCACAGCAAACUGCAUUGCACUUACCACAUGAAGCAAAUCUAGUAGGAAAAAAGCACUUUUCUAAAUGCUCAAAUGUUAUCAAAAUAUUAUAUUUAUAGAAGUAAUCCUCUCUCUAUUAACAACCAGUAUUUGCUGUUAGAAAUAACCCUUGUGAGUUUUAUAUUGUGCUUUUUGGGGGGUUCUAAUCAUUUCAGCAGUAGUAUAUUUUAAACUGCAGUAUUACGAUAAGCUUCAAAAUGUGAAUUAACUUGUUGAGACUGUGGCUUUAACAAAUCUGUGUGACUAGUGUAUAUGGUACUUGCUCUCCAUUAGCAAAGUUGUUCAUUCUAAACUUCACUAGUGAGUGCAGAUUGCAGAUCUGUGAGCAGUGUUUCCUAUUGAAUAUAAACUACUGUCUAAAAUCAACAUAUCAUGCAGCAGCUCGGCCUUUAUCAGGAAAAUUACAUUUGGCAAGUUGCUGAACAUGCACAAAGUUCUGAGAGCUAAAGAGAGGCUGCAAAGAACUAGCCAUUAUUCUGUGUAUUAGUAAAACCUUUACCAGAUCUGUUCAAAGCAGAGCAGAAAUUAGACACUAAGGAUCUUGUGAAAUCUGUGUUCUCUCUAGUAGGUUGCUGUUUAUAUGUAAGAAUUUUAUUGCUUAUGUGGCAUACAAUAUUUAUAACUAUAUACUUUAUAGAGGUACAGUAUUAAAGUCAGUGGUAUACAAACAUUCUGUACAUAUCCUGUGAAGUGUGCUGAAAUAAAUAUACCUGUCUUUACCAUAUUGACUACUUUGCUCAAAAGG